UACGUAAAGGUAAUGUCGUCUUUAUACAGAGUGUGCGGUUAGUUGAAGUGUUUUUGGGGAAAAAGCUGUUGCCUUGAUGCGCAAAGAUUCAUUUGAUUUAAAGUGAUCCUGAUUGUUGAAUUGUUUGCUGUAUCUUGAUGCGCAUCCAACUUUAAUAGCUUCUUAAUCUCAAUCCUGCCUUUACAAGCUUUUGUUUGUGUAUACCCUGUACAUGCACCAGCAGAGUCUCUCGAUCAGCACAGUUUUGUUGGUGUAAUCUGUAACAACAUGACUAGCUGCAACUCUUGUGAUCCAUUUUUAUUUUUUAUUUUGAUUUAUCAUUAAUUAAUUAACUCUCUUCAUUUGGUGUAAUUUUUCGUUUUUCUUCGUCUUCUUUUUCUCUCCUUCCUUUCCCCUUUUUCCUUUCUCUGUAUCUUCUUUUUUCUUGCCUUCUCUCAUCAUUUCUCUAUUUUUUGUCUCCAAUCAUUCUUCCUCUCUCUCUCUUUCUCUUCUUCUUUCUCUCUAUCUAUCCUUUUCUCUCUGUUCUACUUCCCUUACCUAUUCCGUUUAAAUUUCUGUGUAUUUAGUAAAUUAGUUGAAAUUUAAUUAUGGGAGAAGUUGAUCCAGAAACAUUGCUAGAAUGGCUAUCGAUGGGGCAAGGAGACGAACGAGAAAUGCAACUAAUUGCCUUGGAGCAGUUAUGUAUGCUUCUAUUAAUGUCGGAUAAUGUUGACCGAUGCUUUGAAAGCUGCCCUCCGAGAACCUUUUUACCAGCAUUGUGUCACAUUUUCUUGGAUGAAUGUGCUCCAGAUAAUAUACUUGAAGUUACAGCAAGAGCAAUCACAUAUUACCUUGAUGUUUCAGCUGAAUGUACAAGAAGAAUUGUUGCCGUCGAUGGUACUGUUAAGGCAAUUUGCAAUCGACUUACUGUAUCCGAUGUUAAUUCUCGAACCAGUAAAGACUUAGCAGAACAAUGUAUAAAAGUUUUAGAGUUAAUCUGCACCCGUGAAGCUGGAGCUGUAUUUGAAGCUGGUGGCCUGAAUGCAGUUCUUACAUUUAUCCGAGACAAUGGAUCACUCGUACAUGAAGAUACACUUCACUCUGCUAUGGCAGUUGUUUCACGUCUUUGUGGCAAAAUGGAACCACAAGAUGCUUCACUACAAUCUUGCGUCAGAUCUUUGUCAAAUUUAUUGAAACAUGAAGACAGCCAUGUUGCUGAUGGUGCUCUUAGAUGUUUUGCUUCUUUAGCAGACAGAUAUACUCGUCGAGGAAUUGAUCCAGCACCAUUAGCUGAGCAUGGUCUAGUUGACCAACUUUUGAUAAAAUUAUCUUCUGUUAAUGAUAUCAGUCAUUUAAAUACAUCUUUACUUGCUACUGGACAAACUUUAAAUGCAUCCGGAGCUAGUGAGAGCAAGUCAUCACAAACAAUAUCAACUGUGAUUAGUUUAUUAUCCACUUUAUGUCGUGGAUCACCUUCAAUUACAUCAAACCUUCUGCGAUCCAAUUUAACUGCAGCAAUUGAAUCAUCCUUGCAAGGUGAUGAAAGAUGUGUCCUAGAUACAAUGAGGCUGGUUGAUUUACUCCUUGUACUUAUUUUUGAAGGCAGAAAUGCACUCCCGAAAUCAACAGUGUCUUCAGCUCCAUCACGUCUAAAUUUUCGCAGAUUGGACAGUGCCGGAGAAAGAACGCAUCGUCAGCUUAUAGAUUGCAUCAGAAGUAAAGACACUGAUGCCCUUAUAGACUCUAUUGACUCUGGUAAUAUUGAGGUCAACUUUAUGGAUGACGUCGGCCAAACUCUGCUUAAUUGGGCUUCAGCCUUUGGUACGCAACAAAUGGUAGAGUUUUUGUGUGAAAGAGGAGCUGAUGUAAAUAAGGGUCAACGCUCUUCUUCACUCCACUAUGCCGCUUGUUUCGGUCGACCUGGAGUUGUCAAAGUUUUGCUCCGUCAUGGAGCCAACCCUGAUUUAAGGGAUGAAGAUGGUAAAACACCUUUAGAUAAAGCUCGUGAACGUAAUGAUGAGGGUCAUCGUGAAGUUACAGCAGUCCUUCAAUCUCCUGGAGAGUGGAUGUGUCCCGUUGGUACAACUAGUAAAUGUGAUAGUGGCAAAGAUUGUUGUUCCACCUCAGGAUGUGAACCUAAAGGUGAUCCAGAAAUGGCACCAAUUUAUUUAGAACGUCUUCUACCUGUAUUUUGUCAAACAUUCCAAUCAACAAUGGUUAGGGCUGUUCGUAAAUCUAGUUUGAAUUUAGUCAAAAAGAUGGUUCAUUAUAUUCAAACAGAGCAAAUUGUUCGGCUUAAUGAAAAGUUUCCUACAUUACCUCCAAUGCUUGUUGAAGUGAUCUCGAAUGUGCUGGAUAGUGAAGAUGAUGAUGAAGGUUAUUUACUUGUUCUACAAAUGAUUCAAGAUUUAAUGGCCAAAGGAUCUGACAUAUUUUUAGAACAUUUUGCCAGAUUAGGAGUAUUUACUAAAGUGCAAACGCUUGCGGGUCUCAACUGUAAUCAAGAUAAAAUGAUAUCAUUUGAACCAAAUGUACAAAAAUUGAAAGAUAGUGAAGAAGAUGAAGAAAGCUGUGUAGAUGACGCUAAAGAUAUUUUACCUGGUCGCCCUUACCAUUGGAAAGAUUGGAGCUUAGUUCGAGGUCGGGAAUGUUUAUACUUGUGGUCUGAUUCUGCAGCUCUUGAGUUAUCAAAUGGGAGCAAUGGCUGGUUUAGGUUCAUUUUAGACGGCAAACUUGCUACCAUGUAUUCAAGUGGCUCACCUGAAGGGGGAACCGAUUCAUCAGAAAGUAAAGGAGAAUUUUUAGAAAAACUGCAAAAAGCCCGAAGUCAAGUAAGGAGCAAUAUAGCAAGUCAAAGUAUUCUGUCGUCACCCUCAUCUUCUCAUGUGAUUGUUGGUAAUUGGUCAUUAAUGUGUCGCAAAGAGGGAGAACUGAUAAUCCACAACGCUGAUGGUGAUCAACAAUCUACUAUCUUGAAAGAAGAUUUGAAUGGUUUCAUUUUUGAAUCAAACAAAGGAACUAAACAUUCUUUCAUCGCUGAAACAAGUUUGGGCCCUGAAUUUGUUUCUGGUUGGACAAAUCGUAAAGGCAAAAAGCAAAGAUCUAAAAUUGAAGCAAUGAAACAAAAAGUGAAAGAUCAGGCCAAGGAAGUGUAUGAAACUUACUUUAAAAGUGCACAACAAACACCACGCAGUACUGUUGCUAAAUUGGCAAAGAUUGUGGCUCAAAUUGAAAGAGCUUGUGAAAAACAAACAUUUCUUAAUAGAGAUUCACGAGAUUGGGAAAAUAUUUUGAGCUCUGCUCUAAGUGAUUUAGCUGAAUUAUUGUGUGAAGAAAGAGCAAUUUCAUCGUAUGAAUUUCAUACCAGCGGAUUAAUUCAAGCUUUGCUUAAACUAUUAGCAAAAGAUCAAUCAAAAUCAACAUGGAGGUCAUCUGAAAAAUAUGUGAAAGAUAGGUUGGAAAUAUUCAAAAAACAAUUGAGUGACGAAGAACUUGCUGUUGCUCUCAUUAAAAAAUUAAUAGCUGUUUUAGAGUCGAUAGAAAAACUUCCUGUGUAUAUUUAUGAUUCACCUGGUUCAGGUUACGGCCUGCAAAUUUUAACAAAACGUUUGAGAUUCCGGUUGGAGAGAGCUUCAGGGGAAACCUCUCUAAUAGAUCGUACUGGACGAUGCCUUAAAUGUGAACCAUUAACAACUGUUAAUCAGUUGGAAAAAUACCUCUUAAAAAUGGUAGCUAAGCAAUGGUAUGAUUAUGACAGGUCAACUUUUGCAUUUGUUAAAAGAUUAAAAGAGUGUAAAAAUGGCCUCAAAUUUACUCACCAAAGAGAUUUUGAUGAAAAUGGAGUUAUCUAUUGGGUUGGAACUAAUGGUAAAACUACUUCAGAUUGGGUUAACCCUGCAUCAGUCGGUCUUCUAGUGGUUACUUCUUCAGAAGGUCGAAGUUUACCUUUUGGUCGACUUGAAGAUAUUUUAAGUCGAGAUACAACGGCCCUAAAUUGUCAUACAAAUGAUGAUAAGCGAGCUUGGUUUGCAAUUGACCUUGGCUUGUGGCUAAUACCGUCCUGUUAUACACUCAGACACGCCAGAGGGUAUGGAAGAUCUGCCCCAAGAAAUUGGUUGCUUCAAGCAUCAAAGGAUGGUAUCAAUUGGACAACUUUAUACACUCACGUAGAUGAUUGUUGUCUCAAUGAGCCUGGUUCAACUGCCUCAUGGCCUCUCAAUCCACCAUCAGAUGAAAAACAAGGUUGGCGGCACAUUAGAUUACAACAAACUGGUAAAAAUGCAAGUGGGCAAACCCAUUAUCUAUCUAUAUCUGGUUUUGAAAUCUAUGGAACUGUCACUGGAGUUUGUGAUGAUUUAGGUAAAGCUGCUAAGGAAGCUGAAGCUAACUUGCGAAAACAAAGACGUCAAAUUAGACAACAAUUAAGAUACAUGAUCAUUGAUGCACGUGUUGUCCGUGGACCUGAUUGGAAAUGGAGAGAUCAAGAUGGUAACCCUCCAGGAGAGGGAACCAUUACUGGUGACAUCCAUAAUGGUUGGAUAGAUGUUGCCUGGGACAGUGGGGGAUCUAAUUCAUAUCGGGUUGGUGCUGAAGGUAAAUAUGACAUAAAAUUGGCACCCUCUAAUGACCCAGAGCUCUCAAAAAGGAAUCUCUCUAUGGCCAUGGCCUCAACAUCAGGUUGUCUUUUCUCUUCCAAUCAUCCACCAACAACUCCUGUCAGUAUGGCAUCAGUUCUUGGUAUUCCCGGUAUUUCUAGAGGUUCUCGAAUAGCUGAAACAUCUACUACUAACACUCAUUCAGCGCGAGGAAGUGUAUCAGCUUCUGUUUUAACUAGUCGUAAAAGUAGUUCUACUUCAAGCUUGGUUGAACCGUCCUCAAAUGUUAAUAAAAUGACCGUUUCAUGUACAGAACAAGCAGCCUCAGUGGAUAGUCUUGUUGUUAAGAAAGCUGCCCAAGCCGUUGCUGAAAGUGUAUUAACACGAGCAAGGGCGGACACAGCACUAGCAGAGCAGAGUAAUGACACCAUAUUCAGCGUGGGACUUUCGCCAACCCAGGAGGAAACUGAAGAAUCAAUUGCGGAAAGUGAACGACCCACUUCACCCACUCCAUCUAUGGAAGAUCAAAGGUCUUGUAAUGCAGCUGGAACAUCUUCUAUAUCAUCAAAUAAGAUAACUGAACAACAAACUACCAAUGCUCGAUCCAACAAUUAUCCUAGUACUAUGAGUGUCUCAGUGCCUAAUCUGUCAAUCAAUUCAAAUGUAAAUGACUCAACUGUCAACCUUUUGGAAAGCUUCUCUGCGGUAGCAAGACGUCGAGGGAACAGUACCACCUCAUCAACCUCAUCAUCAUCAUCUUCAUCAGCUUCUGCUGCCGCAACAAAUACAAAUAAUUCAUUGCUCUCAAGUAAUUCCAAUAAUGUCUGCAGCCUCGUUAGAUUGGCUUUAUCGUCCAAUUUUCCUGAAAUUUUUAAUGAUCUUCUCGAGGAAAUCUCCAACAGCGCAGAUUCACCAUCUCCCGAUGAUGCCUGUACAAAUUUACUUCAAGCCCGCGGUCUUUUGAGCACAGCUCAAAGUUAUCCAAGCCUCACUUCACCCACGUCUCUCACAUCCACAACCCUUACAUCAAGCCACUCAAUUAAUGCUCCCAUAGCUGCAGCUUCAUCACACUCUGCUGCUCAUGGGGCUGCUGGAGGUAGCAACAGCUCUGGCGGAAAUGCUGUUGGUAGUAACAGUAACCAAAGUCAUUCAGCUUCACAAAUUCAUCAUUCAUCAGGCUUGGGCCAUCAUGGGCUUACAAUGAGUCUAACAUCAACAUCGAGUGAAAGUGAACAAGAUUAUUUAGAGACGUGUCAGGCAACCACGUUGCUUGCUGAUUUAGAAGAUGAAGAAGAACUUCCGGACCCUGAAGAUGAAAAUGAAGACAAUGAAAAUGAUUAUGAUGAAUAUGAAGAACUUAUGGAAGAGGAAACCUUUGAAUUUAGAUCACCGAAAAGAAGAAAUUGGGAUGACGAAUAUGUUCUUAAAAGACAGUUUAGUGCUUUGAUUCCUGCAUUUGAUCCUCGACCUGGUCGCAUCAAUAUUAGUCAAAUAAUUGAUCUAGAUAUACCUACUCCUGGAGCAUCAACAUCAAACAAUGAUGGUAUUAAAAUAACCAAUCCUGAACCCAAAGUUUUAUUGUCCAUCCGAGGGCCUAACCUGAAUGGCUCUGGUGAACUUGAGAUUGACUUGGUCAAUCCAAAUUGGACAAUAUUUUCAGCUGUGCAAUUGUUAAACCAAGCUUCAGUGGGAGGCUCAAGACAAGAGAAACUACGAAGAGUUUGGGAACCAACCUAUGUAUUAACCUACCGUGAAGCUGGUCCACACGAAAUGAACGAGCAACUUAAGAUCCAAAACGCAUCUAUCAAAAUGGUUCUCACCAAUAAUCAUAAUAGAAUCAGUGUAACUAGUCCCGUAAAAAUAAAUCCUGAUAACAGCCUUGGAUCUUCAGUUGACAGUGUUCUUCAGCUUCUUCAUUUGUUACAUUGUAUUUCAAGAGAUUCAAAGGACAAUGACAAACUUUAUGGUGACAUAAUUUCGUCCUCAUCUGUUGGAUUUAGUAUACCCAAUGAAGAGUUUAUUAGUAAAAAGAUAACAAAUAAAUUAGUUCAACAAAUUCAAGAUCCACUUGUUUUAGGCUCUGGAUCCCAGCCUGAUUGGUGUGACAAUCUUACCUACUCUUAUCCCAUGUUGUUUCCCUUUGAGACUCGUAAAAUUUACUUCAAUUGUACUGCAUUUGGUACAUCUCGAUCCAUUGUCUGGCUACAAAAUCAACGUGAUCAAGCUCUUGAUCGUUCUCGAGGUCCAUCACCAAGACGUGAAGAUAUUCACGAGUUUAGGAUUGGUCGAUUACGCCAUGAAAGGGUUAAAGUACCUCGUAAUGAGGAUCUAUUAUCCUGGGCCAUGGAAGUAAUGAAAAUCCAUUCAGACCGUAAAAGCAUAUUAGAAGUUGAAUUUAAAGAUGAAGAAGGUACCGGCCUUGGACCAACAUUGGAGUUCUAUGCACUUGUAGCAGCUGAACUUCAACGUCGUGAUUUAGGCAUGUGGUUAUGUGAUGACGAACUUGUUACCAACAUGAAAGAUUCUAAUGCUGAUAAAGAAGAAGGUCUAACAAAGCCACCUGGAUUUUACAUACAUUCAUCAAGUGGUUUAUUCCCUGCACCCUAUCCCCAAAAUCAUCCUAAACUUACAAAAGUUCUCGAGUAUUUCCAUUUCUUUGGAAUUUUCUGUGCAAAAGCCCUCCAAGACAAUAGACUGGUCGAUUUGCCACUGUCCACAUCUUUCCUAAAAUUAAUUUGUAGCAGUAACACUGCCGAAACCAAAGUUAUCGAGGAUGAAGGUGAAGCUGUAAAUAUGGUACAUUCAAAUUUCAAUAGUUGCCUCUCAUCACCUUUAUCUGAAGAUGAUCUUCUUCUCUCUGAGAGAGAAGAAAUAUCUCGUCAAGUCCGUCUUAAGAGAGAAAAAUUUGAGCGACGAGGUCACUCAUGGAUGUCCAGGGUUCUCAAUGAGAAAGAUUUUGCCUCCAUCAAUCCUCAUCAAGCAGCAUUCUUGCAACAACUUCAUGAGCUGUCCAUGAUGAAACAAAAGAUACUCUCAGACAAAUCUUUAUCUAUUGAAGAUAGACAAAAUCAAAUAAGAAACUUAUCUCUACCAAUGAAUCAAGCACAAAUACCAAUCAGACUAGAUGAAUUGGACCUAACAUUCCAAUAUUUACCACCAUCACAAGUGUAUGGCUUCUCAGCUGUUGACCUUAAACCAAAUGGAGAGUUUGAAGAAGUUACAAUUGACAAUGUUGAGGAAUAUUAUGAAUCAAUGUUAGACUUUUGCCUUCAUUCUGGUAUUAAAAAACAAAUGGAAGCUUUUAAAGAUGGAUUCAACAAGGUUUUUCCAAUGUCUAAAUUGGGAUCAUUUACAUCUGAUGAAGUUCGCCUCAUGUUAUGUGGUGAACAAGCUCCAUCUUGGACUCGAGAAGAUAUACUUGCUUAUACUGAACCGAAAUUGGGUUACUCAAGAGAAAGUCUUGGAUUCCAACGGUUUGUCUCUGUUUUAUUGGCCAUGACUGGAAACGAGAGAAAAGCUUUCCUUCAAUUCGCUACUGGAUGCUCAUCCUUACCACCCGGUGGACUAGCUAAUCUUCAUCCUCGAUUAACUGUUGUUCGUAAGGUGGAUGCCACUGAUGGCAGCUAUCCUUCUGUCAAUACCUGCGCUCAUUAUCUUAAAAUGCCUGACUAUUCAAGUGAGGAAAUUAUGAGAGAGCGAUUAUUAGCAGCAACAAAAGAGAAAGGAUUCCAUUUGAAUUGAUUUACAAAUUUGAUUUAACAAAAAAUACUAAAAAAAUACUAAAGCAAAAGUUUAUUUAUAUAAAAUACAAAAAAAAGUUUAUGUUGGAAAGCUUAAACAAAAUACAGAUUAAUUAAGUUGUAUAGCUCGUAAAAAUUGAUGGUAAUUUGAAAAAAAAGUAUUGUCGCGAUUUAAAAUAUUUCAUUGAAAUAAACAAACACAUAAUGUGAGAGGUAAUUAAACCUGAUUGAUUGUGGAUUCAUAAUUUACGUUAUAAAGAACUCCUAAAAUUGACCAAAAAAGAAAUUAAUAAUUUCUCUGAUUCUCAAAUUCAACGAAAAAAAUAAAGUUAUUAUCAACCAGAAAA